CGGUCCGAUUGCAGGGAAAGGAUUGAGCGAGCGUGUUACUGUUUUGGGGUUGCGCUUCUGGGUAAAUCGGAGAAGUACUGUGAGGAAGGGAGAUCUGCGGAAGUUGCCCUUUUUUCGAUCGGUUGAUGGCCAUCUAUUAGUGACGAAACGACGAAGUAGACACCUUCAUCCCACGACUGUACUGGAUCCGAAUCAAGAUUGCGGUGCGGACGACGUUCAGAUGGUUCCCAACGAUGUACAGUAGUACGGGUGGUAGAUUGAGAUUCGAAUUUGAGACGAAAGGCAUGUGAAAGAAUAUUGGCCCGAAACUUGAGCUUUUUAAAUUUAAAAAAUAUGCGAAACACAAUUCUAGUGGAACCGGAACUUCAUCGGUCCAGCAUUAAGGCCCGAAAAGCGGAAGACUGAGUCCGUGAUGAGUUCAGGACGUGAAACAAGUGUAGACCUGGGGAAUAAGCAAAAAAUGCGAGGGCACCUGAAAGUAAACUGGCUGCGAGUUCUCUUCGUGGUUGGAAUCGUUUUCCAUUCUUGCAACGGCUGCUUCGUGGCUGGGAUUACCUUCCAAGACGUAGCGCUUGAGGACGGACCAGGUCCAGCAGAAGAGGCAAGUCCGGGUGGCAGGGAAAAUCCUGUAGUUCAGAGGGUCAUUUUCCCGGACGACAAUCCCGCAUUUUCACAACACAAAAACGUCGAAAAUUUGUUUCCUGCUGAACUACCUGUCGUGACUCCGGUUCCCGUGGAAGAGGCGACUGCUGAUUUGUGUUCACUGGGAAAUGCCAAAGUGAUGUACAACGGAAUAUGCGUGUCGUUUUUCUCUGAGGGCCCUCCGAUUUGCGAACCUGGAAACUGGCUUGUCAUGAUCCCGUCGGAACACGGAGGCAUGGCCGGCUGUCGUUCUAUUCCAUGUCCUGACCCCGCCAGGAAUAUGUUAGGAAGAGAUGGGAAUUGCCACAGUUCGGAAGAUUUGGAAAAAACUUGCAAAGAAGGGGAAGAACUAACUCUUGAUUUUUAUGGACUAGCGAUUUGCGAAUGUGGGAAGAAACACGUAUACUGGCCGAAGGACCGAACUUGUCACCAAAUUUACCUCCGGGGACCCUGCCUUGAGGGGGAGUUGUUAGCUAUUGAUGAAAAAACGAGAACAAUCAUUUGCCGACCGAAUCCAUGUGGACGAGAUGGAGAAGUUUUCUGGCCUCCGACCCAGAAAUGUUAUAUCCUCGGCGAACAAGGACCGUGUGAAGACACGCUGGUUUUGACUGUGGACGAGAUGACGUUGGAGUUGACGUGCGUGGGUCUAGACCUGAGAAACAUUUUUCACGUGCCUUUGAACUCGUGCGCGGUGGGUUCGCGUCGCGACUACUUCCAGCAGUGCAGAGGUGGCCUCGUUUGGAGCAACAAUCGAUCAGAGUCAGAGUUUGGGAAGUAUUUGCAUGCUCAUCGUCAUCGUCUGCAUCGGUUACCAGUUCCGUAAAGCUGCACUAAGAAGAGCAUGCGUUAACCUGUUAUUCUUCUUGUGUUCGGGAAAGGAAUUGCCGGAUCUCAAAAUCUUUUAUUGUUUUUUAUGGGUUUUUGUUUUCCUUUGUGUGCUCGUGAAAUCGUUUGUGUUGGUUUUCAAAACCAAGAUUAUUCCUUGUUCGUGGUUGUUGGGUGCUCGUCAAGGUGAUCUUGAUUGUUUGAUGAUCUCUCAUAUCAGUAUAUCAUCAGUGCGUUUCUUUGUGAAACGAGAAACAAGCGUGAACCAAUGCGGACCGGAAAAGGAAUACGUUUUGCUCAAUUCACUCAUAGUCCAAUAGUAAUGUUAUUUUGUUUUCCAAUCGAAGUGGAAUCGUGUACGUUGUCGAAAGCGGAAAGUUUUGCUCAGAACCUGCACCACCUAAUCAUGUUUCAAUAGAGCUAAUGCCUAUUUGCUCUUCCCAUGGGGCUGAACCAUGCCUUCAUUUUCGUACCCAGUUAUUCUGGAAUGGCUGUGUCACAGGAUGUGAAAACCUGAUCAUGCGAUGCUUCAAAUUUUUCCAUAGCGACUAAUCGGCUUCCGUGUGAGGCAAUAGCGUUUUUAAAGAAUUGUCUGAUAUUUUCAGAAUGAAACAUUUGUGGAUCUGAGUUAAUCUGUUCGAAAAUAUUUGGAAAUCUUGAGCGCAGUAAGCGCGUAUGUGAGGAGCGAAAAACUCAAGCACGCUAUGGGAAGUCAUUCUGAACUCACCGUCGGGAAAAGAAGCGACAGCCAUGAUUAUUUUGGUUGUGAAAUCAUUUGUAACUCUAAGCAUCAUUGAACUUUGAAAUAUAUCGACAUUGUUUCUUCUUGAGGA